AUGCCGACUUGGAGUCCAGCCAGUGUGAUCACCACCUCGCCGUGGAUUGGACUGGCAGCAGUGCCUCCCGGAAACUAUGCAGAUUGCUUCUCGUUCAAUGUGGAAGAAAUGCUUGAUGCCGAAUCCAACUUAUUAGAUUUCUUUUCCCCGCCGGACCAUCCCACACCGUCACUCAGUCAUAAUCUAGACCCAACCCACGUCACCGCAUCUUCCAGGCGAUAUUCCGCCACGCUCUCUAGCUCUUCCAUUGCUUCAACUGUUUCCCGGUCAUCCCCACCCAAUCAGGCCUCAAACUCCACUGUCGAAAGGUCCCUUGCCAAACUCCUCAUGCUCACCAGCGAAAUGGGCUUCGAGAGCUUUGACCAUCUUGCCACCACUUACUACACAGCUUCCUUCUCAGAAGGGUCUUUUCCACGUUACGCCCAAUCUGCCAGUCGCAGUCAAAGGCUCCGCGGUCUGUUGACCGAUCUAUACACUAGUUCAAAGGACUGGGUAGGGAAAGAGGCGCAUGGAUAUUAUGAGGGUCAGUUACAGUUGUUGGAAACCGUCUGCGUCAAGGAACUCGGCGGAAUCUGCGCAAAGCAGCCGCAGCGCUGUCUCGAAUCCCCAGACCAGCGAGGCGACAGACAACAGCCGCAGAGCCCGAAGCCGGUCCGCCGCACCCAAGCGUUUAUUGUGAAUAUGAUCAAGCAGCUGUUUACGGAUGAUGGCGCGGAGCAAAUGUUAAAGCGGGAUAGACAGCUUUUGAAAGAACAGCCCAAAGGACCAACGUAG